AUGGCUCCCAGCCCUUUCCCUGUCACCACCACCGAGGAGGAACGGUACGGGAAAGGCGAGUACACAGCCCACUCUUCGAUCUGUGGCGUCUUCAUCUCCUGGGACCCGCAGAGCACCGCAGGCCGUGCGCUCGCAGAGAUCCUUGGAGUGCCAUACAUUUCUAUGGACAGGAUCAUGUGGAAGCCCGGGUGGGUGCAGACGCCUCGUGAAGAAUUUUCGGCGGAGCUCGUUGCUGCCAUGGAGCAGAACGAACGUGGUUGGGUCGCAGACGGCGAGUACGCGAACCGAGGAGGGUUGAUCGCCUAUGGAACCUCUACCGAUGUCAUUUGGUUGGAUCCACCUCUCCUACUCUACUUCCCGCGCAUAGUCCUCCGCACCUUUCUCCGCCUGUUCAGAUUGGAAGAGCCGUGCAGUUCAGAGUGCCCCGAGCGCGUCAGCGAAGUUUUCUUUUCCAAGGAAAGCAUCAUCUGGUGGUGCAUUAGCAAUCACUGGAUCGUACGCGAGCGUAAUCGAGCACGAAUGGCGGAGAUCGGACUGGAGGAAGGAACGGAUGUUGAGCACCGUAGAAUGAGGAGGAUUGGAGGAUGGGGUACUGACCUUACAAAUUGGCUGCGCGAUGUUUAUGACAUGGUCUCCUCGAAAGCCAAGGCAGAUUAG